AUGUAACAUCAAUAGCAAACUACAUUUUUAAGCAAAGAAAAUCAAAUAAAAAAUGAGCCUAAUUUUCAAAGGCAAUAAAGUCCUAUCAAAUCAAAUAUACAAAGCAAAGAAAACGAUGAAAAUAGUUCUAAACCUUUUAUUGUUACUGGCUAAAAAAAAUUAAAUUAAUCUUAAAUAUAAUGUCUUACUAAUUUAAACCCGAUAGAAGUUUUUCCAUCAGAAAUUCAUUUCAAAAAUAUAUAAAUCAACUAAACAUAUGAAGUAAUUUUAAAGGUAAGAAAUCUAACAAAAAAAGUUAGAAGAAUUCGCGUAUUUUAACCUACAACACCGUAUUUUAAAGCUGAUUACGAUCUUUAAGGCCCUCUUACAGCUGGAUUAGCAAUUAAAAUAACUAUUACUUUUGAAACUACUCCUCCAGGCAAUUAUAUAGACACCUUAAAAAUAGUAAGUGAAGAGGGUUUUUGUAAAGAAAUUCCUUUGUAUGCAAAUAUGCCUUAAGCAUAAUUAAUUUUUGAACCAUUUAUAAAUUUAGGUUUUGUAAAAGUACAAGAAAAAAAAAAAGAUAAAAUAUACUUCAAAAAUGAAGGAAGUAUAGCUGCUAAAGUAGAAUUAAAAUCAUCGGAUCCUUAAGAUUUACAAAUCGAAGUAAAUUAAUUUAUGGUAUAACCAAACUAAGAAUACGCUGCAGGAAUUUCUUUUGAUAGUCCUGAUGCAGGCCUUUUUAAAGGAUUCAUAAGUGUAAAAACAGACGCAUAAUGCCUACAAAAAUAAGUAGAUGUGACUGCUACUUGUGUUGAAUUUAGUAAAUUUAUUAUUGAUAAUAAAGGCAAUUAAUGCACAUAAUUUGAUUUUGGAACUUUUUAUUUUGGUGAAGAGAGGAAAAUCGAAGGAUUUUUAGUAAAUAAUACACCCAAUAAAUUCAAUUUUAAAAGUCUUUUUAGGUUCGGAUUACUCUUUUCAGCUGAUGACAUUACCAGCUUUUAAACUCCUAAUGAAGUUGGAAAAGAAUAGACCGAAAAAAUCAUGAGUGUAAGUCCUUCGGAAGGAGUUAUUGAAAGUUAUUCCAAAAUAAAACUUAUUUUUACUUGCAAAUCUAAUGUUGCACUUAAAAAUUAAUUUUGGGCUUAAUCUUAUAGCUUACAAAAAGAAGAUUUAUUGCCUGAACUAGAGGACUAUUCAUAUUCAGCUUUAUUUUGUUAUGAAGAUAGUAAAGAAUAACCUACUAUUUUACAUAUUACUGGUAGAGGUAUUUGUCCUACAGUUAAAUUGCAAAAAAGCCUUAUCUAAUUUGGAGAUUGUAGCGUAAACGCCUAUCGCGAUUUCAAAUUCGGAAUAGAGAAUAAGAAUAAUAAUAUACCUAUUAAGAUUUGCUUUGAUAAAAUUCCUUAUUUUGAAAUUAGCCCAAAUAAUUAAGUUAUUUAAGCAAAUAGUAAAUAAUUUUUUAAUGCUAGAUUUUUUCCUAAAGCUGUUGGAACUUUUGAAAAAAAUAUGCAAAUUUUCCUUAUUAAUAAAUAAUAUGUUCUUAGUGUUAAAAUGAUUGGAAAAGCCCUUGAUAUUGCUAAAAAAGAAAUACUUAAAAGAGGCAUUGAAAGCCUUCCUGAAGACUUUUAAAUUUUAGAUAAAGCUACGACUUUAGUAGAUUCAGAUAAUGAUGCAAAACAGCCUCCUCCAAUAGAUUUUGCAUAUGAAGUAGGAAUGAUUGAAAAUAGAAUUGACUCUCCAUAAUUAUAGUUACCUGUAGUUGAUGAACCUCUUUAUGUAAAUAAACCUAUUGGUAAUUAUAUACCAUUUAAAAAUGAAGAACUUGAAAAAACUUUUAAUCCUGAUGCAAAUUUAGGUAUAAAGAAAAAAUGGCAUGAAUAGCCUGUGAAUCAUAAAGAAACACGAGAAGUUAAUUAAUUAUUAGAAGGGGAAUCAUUAAAAAAAAUAUUUGCUGGGCCUAUUCAUAUUAAUUUUGGAUAGGUUUACAUAAAAUCGACUAUUAUAAAACAUUUUACAGUAAGAAACGAUUUAAGAAAAGCUAUUUCUGUAAGAUUAAUUGUUGAUAGUGAUGAUUUAGCUGGAACUUAUUAAAAGAUGUAGAUUGUACCUCCUAGCCAGGAUGCUGGGUUUGAAAUAGUACUUAAAAGCUUUAAAUUAGGAUAAUUUAGAAGUAAUGUUAAAUAUAUUAUUAAUGAAAAACAUACAUUUGAAUUGUAAGUUUUAGCAGAAAUUCAAGUUGUUAGAUUAGAAUUAUCAAAAAGUUUCGUAAAAAUGUAAUUUUUUGAUGAUAAUCAUGAAAUGUUUACAAAAGAAACUAUCAAACUUACCAAUAAUGGAAAUGCUCCAGGUAAAUUUGAAUGGUUUCACACUCCUAAUAAAAUAUUUACUGUUGUUCCUGAAAAAGGUGAAGUCCCUGCUUACUCUAAUAUUAAUUUAAAUUAGUAACAUUUAUAGGAAUAAUAAGUUGCUGAUAAAGCUCUUUACAAUCCCACUAACAGAAUCGAAGAAGAAAAGUUAACACUUAGAACUUUUGAUGGAUUGGAUUUUUAGUUGAAGUGUUAGGGAAUCAUUUAAGAAGCUAAAUGUCAAAUUUAAAAAUUUAAUUAGUUGGAUUUAAAAUAAGUAUGUGUAUCAAAAACAGUAUUAAGAACAUUUUUUAUAAAAAAUUAAUCAAAAAUGUAAGCAGUAUUUGCUAUAGACGAAUAAACUACUCCUGAAUGUGUAACAUUAAGCCCUGUUAAAGGUCGAAUAGGUCCAGAUGAAAGUAAGGAAAUAACAGUUACUUUUUUAUGUAAGGAAGAAAAAGAGAUAAAAGGAGAAAUAAGUGUUUUAAUAAGAGGUGGUAAGAUUUUAAAAGCUCCUUUUUAUGCAGAAGUAAUAAUUCCUUAAGUAAUGAUUCAAGAAGAGUAUUUUGAUUUUGGAAAUUUAACGACAUUAGGAAAUUAAGGAAUUCAAAAAAUGCUAUUAGUCAACAGAAGCGAUAUUCCAGCAGAUUUAAUUUUAGAUAUGAGAACAAAUUAAGAAUUAUAAGGUGCAUAAGAAGGAGUCGAAUGCUUAGAAGUUUAAGUUGAUGGAGAAGAUGAAGAAUCAAUAUUAAAUUCGGUACAUGAAGAAGAACACUAAUAAUAAGAAGAUGAUAAAAAAGAUAAUAGUAAAAAUAAAGAAAUAGAUGAGGAAGAAGAAGAAGAUGAUAUUGAAAGGUCAAUAAAUUAAUCUUCAUAUAAUUCUUUAGAUUCUAUUGAAGCUAAAAAUAAUAAAAAUAAAAAUAAAUUAUAUAAAUUAACUAUUUUUCCCUAAAGUAAAAUUAAUUUUUUGUUAAAGUUUUGCCCGAAAUAAAUAUAAAAAUAUGACUUUUAUCUUCCUUUAACUCUUUCUAGAUAUGGUUCUAUAAGCUCUUUAGAAAGAAGAAUUCUGUGUAAAGGUUUGCAUCCUAAAUUUCUGAUAGAUCCUUAAAUUUGUGAAUUUAAAAGGAAAAUAAUUACUACACCAGAUAAAUGUUUUGCUAGCUCUAUGUAAAUAGCUUUAAAUAAUCCAAGUAGAAUGCCUAUGAAAUGGAAAAUAGAUACAAGUAGUUUAAGUAUUGAUAAUGUUUUCAAUAUAAUUCCUAGUAAUGGUAUUGUAGAAGGAAAUUCUUAAGUAGUGAUUGAUGCACUAUUCAAUCCAUAUACUCCAGACAAAUAUUAAAAGAGUGUCCCUUUAUAUAUUCUAGAAGAUGAUGAGAUAUCAGAAGAAGUUCCUUAUGUAGAAAUCUCCCUAAAAGGAGAAGCAGCAUUCCCCAGGCUAGUUUUUGAUAGAAAAGAAAUUAUUUUACCUGCUGUUCCUUUAGAUGUGCAAUCGAAAUGCAUUUUUAGAAUUGUUAAUGACGGUUAUGAAAAUUUAAACCUUAAAUAUAAAAUUAUUUAGGAUAUUUAACCUAUUAAUGUUACUAUUAAUUGGAUUGAAGGAAAAAAUUUGGGAAUUACUAAACAUAGAAUCAAAGUAGAAGCACUAUUUUCUUCUAAAAAACCACUAUCUUUUACUACUAGAGUAGAAUUUAUUGAUGAUUUAGAUCGUAUUUAUUCUAUUAAUAUUUCAGGAACUAGUGAUAAUAGUAUUUUUACGAAUUAUUCUUAUUUUUAAAGAAAUCCAGAAGCUAAAUAGCAGCUUUAAGUUGCUCCAGAAGGAUUUAUCUUCCUUAAAGAUAUCGAAAAUAUAAAUGAAGAGUCUUUUAAUCAUGAAAUUAAUAGAAGGAACAUGGGUGUACCUUCAGUAGCUUCUAAUAAAAGUUUUGGAUUUUAAUCAAUUGCAAUGGGUUUGCUUGAUAAAACAAUUGAUCAUAUAAAAAGAUGGCUUAAUUAUUAAGUUUUAUAACAACCAAUUGUUCAUUUUCCUUAAAGUGUAAUUUAAAGUCACGGGAGUCAGAUAUUUGAAUUAAUGACCUUUUUAACAGGAAAACAAAACUUUCCAUUUAAAUAUUAAAGUGAUUAAAUGAUAAAAAGAGUCGAAAGAAUAAAAAAGGUUAUGCAUUAAUAUGAAUGUUUGAUUUAAUAACUUAAAAUUGAAGGGGCUAUGUUAAAUCACAUUCGUCCAGAAUUUCUUUUAGUUUAUACUGACUAUUUAAUUUAUGUAAAAAUGCUUCCUUAAUAAUAAACAUAAUUAAUUAGCCAAAAUGCUUUAAGGAUGUCUAAUUAAAAGUUCACUUAUUUAUAAAUUGAUAGCUGGAUAACUUUAUUCUACUAAAUACUUAAAAUCUAUUUUUUGGGAAGAUUAGUUCCUAAAACCUUCAAAUAACUUCCUGGAAUUCCAACAGAAAAACUUAACUUACCCCCUUGUAUUGAUAAAAGUAAUGUUUUUUCUUAAGCUGAAUAAUUAGUUUUAUAUUGGAUUGAAAUCCAUACUGAAAUUGCUAAUCCUUUAAUUCGUAAAAAAUUAUGUAAUAUUGAAUAAGAUUUAUAAGAUUGCGUUUUCUUUUAGUAUUUAAUAUAAAGUCAUGUGGGAAAAAGUACAAGCAAAAUGUUUUAAAAUAUAAAGAGAGAUUGCUAAAAUCAAUAGGAUUAAGAAUAAAAUGCAGAAAAAAUACUUGAAGUAGCUAAAAAUACAGGUAUUAAUACUUAUUUUGAAGUUUAAGAUUUCACAAAAGGAUAAAUGAGAGAGUUAAUACUUUUCAAUUUAUAAAUGAUAUAUAUUUUACCUAACUAUAUUCCAAAAGAAAAUCCUAUAAUAUUCUCAUGCAUCCUAGGAGAAGAAAUAGUAAGGACUAUAACUCUUAGUAAUCCUACUUAAAGGACUAUUUGGUAUUAAGUAAGAUUAGUAGGUCAUAGUGAUUUUUAAUUAAAUUCAGAAGAUAUUUUUAUGAUUGAACCGAAAAAAGAAUACUCUUUUAGAGUUAAAUUCGUAUCCAGAGUUAGUGAUAUGGUUACUGCUCGAAUUUUCUUUACAAACAGAAAAGAAAGCAAUGUUUAAACAGCUGCUAUUGUUUUUGAUUUAUAAUCUUAAAUAAAAGGAAGAAUUUCUGAAAAGAUAAUUCAUAUCAAUUCAAAUUUAUAUGAAUGUAAUGACAGACAUUAAAUUUAAGUCACAAAUAAAAGCAUUACUUAAGAUGGCGAAUAUGAAGUCCAAAUUAUUCAUAUAAAACCCGAAAUACAACAUGAAAAUAACUCAAAGACAAAGAGAAAUCCAUAAUUCAAAAACUCUAAUAAAAUAUAAACACAUGAUGAAGAAAUUUUCCCUUCAUUUUUCUGUAGAUAAUAUAAUACUUAAAAAUUAAGAAUAAAAAAAAACAGUAGCGCAAAUAUUAAUAUACUUUUCAUUCCAUUAAUCAUGUAAACUUAGCGUUGUUAUUUGAUUUUCAAAGACCCUAAUAUAGGAGAGUUUUAAUAUGAAAUUAUAGGAACUGUAGAUUCACCUUUAAUGUAUCCAGAAAUAAUUAAGCUUCCUUUAAAUUCUUAGCCUAUAUAUAUUGAAACAACUACAAAUAUCGAAAUAUAAUUAAAUGUUUAAAAUGAAGCUUAAAAGAGGGCAAGAAAGCAAAUUGAAUAAUUAAUGCUAGAAAAAAAUAAAGAGAAAUAUUAAAAAGGAGAUAAAUAUGCUCUUAAAAAUAUUGAUAAAAUUAACUUUCCAGGUACUAAUUUAGAAUAAUAAGGACAGUUUUAAGUAGAAAUUUAACCAGCUGUAUCUUUUAUUACUAUACCUUAAAGUUUUACAAUUCCGAAUAUUAUUUUAAACCAAGUAGCUUUAAUCUAAACAAAUACUAGCAGUAAUAAUAAUAAUAAUACUAGAGGAAGUAUAGUAAAAGAAUCUUAAAACUUGGAAAAUACAGUAAUUGAUAAUAAUAAUAUAUUUGGAUUAGUGAGAUUCCCUUUGUCAUUUUAUUUCAAAAAUCCAGUUAAAGAUUAUAAAUUAGAGUUGACAUUGCAUAAUAAAGCAAAAACAGAUAUCAGAAAAUAUAGACUAGAAGUAACUUCUAAUCCUAAACCAAUAAAAGCAAUACUUGAAUUCAAAAUACCUGCCAGAUAAACUUCAACAUAAGAAAUUCCAAUUAUAAAUGACUCAGAAAAAGAUUGGACUAUAAAAGUUUUGUUUUUCAGAGAACCUAGAUUCAUAAAUAAUCAUUUAUUUUAAGCCUCGGCCAAUUUUAGUAAAGAGUUUGUCGUAAAAAAAAAAUCUCAAACAAAUUUCCUUUUAUAUUUCAAACCUAAAUGGAUUUGUGAGGCUGAAUGUAAACUUCAACUAUAAAACAUAAUCACAAAUGAUCUUUAUGAAUACACCCUAAAAGGAAAAGGAUUAGAACCUUUAGCUGAAAACCAUAUAGUCCUAAAAUGCAUUUCAAGGCAAUCAUAAAUACAUGAAAUUUAAGUUCAAAAUCCCUACACAGAUAAAGAUGUCACUUAUUAAGUUGAAACAGAUUUAAUAAAUGCUUAAGGACCCCCUUCUUUGAAAAUAAAAGCAGGAGCCAAAGCUUCUUAUAACAUUUCAGUCACUCCAGUUCUAAGUGGUUAAUAUACAGGCUCUAUAACUUUUCAAGAAUAAGAAGGUAUUUAUUAAUGGUUUACAGUUACCCUUAACACUGUAGGUCCUGCAGCUGAAAAAGUUAUUGACAUAUAAACCAGCAUAAGAUAAAGUUGUGCAACUGAUAUAGAAAUAUUAAAUCCACUUCCUCAUAGUGUAGUUUUCGAUGUUAUAAUUAAUGGAGUUGGGCUUGUUGGAAAUUAAGUGUUUUAAAUUGAAUCUAACUAAGCUAAAAUUUAUACACUUUUAUAUAGUCCUUUAUAAGCUGGAAAAAACAAAGGCUCAAUAGCAUUUAUUAAUUCGAUUUUAGGAGAAAAAUGGUUUGAUUUAAAUUUAUAAUGUGAUGAAUUCUAAUAAGUUAAAGUCCCUAUUCUUAAAACUGAGUUAGGAAAAAAUUCUUAAUAUGUUAUUAAAUUAGAAAAUCCUAUUGAUAAAAAAGUCAAAGUAAUUACUAAAUGCUCUAACAGUUAGAACUUUGAAGUUUUCCCUCAGGAUAUUGUACUUAAGCCACUCCAAUAAACUGAUAUUUAUAUUAAGUAUAGUCCUUCUACUUUAGAUAUAAUAGAAUAGGCUGAAAUAACUUUCUUAACUUCAGAAAUAGGAAAAUGGAGUUAUUAUUUUUCAGGUACAGGAAUUCCUCCAAAUAAAUAUGAGACAAGAUAAAUACAUGUUAAUAUAAAUAAAGACUAUUCAUCGUCAAUAUAAUUUAAGAAUCCAUUAAAAGAAUCAAUAUAAAUAUAAAUAUAUAUGAGAGCAUAAGCAGAAAGUAAGAAGGUAUUUAAAAUGUUAUUAAAAGGUAAGAAGGUAAAGGAAGAAAAAAUUCAAACAUAAAUAGAAGCCUUAUAGGCCUUAAAUAUUCCUUUCUCAUUUAUUCCUAAUGAAAUAGCAAAGUAUUAUUGUGAAAUAGUAGUAGCAAUGAAUGAAAAAAUAGAAUGGAUUUAUCCAAUAGAAGGAAUAACUUAGUUAAAUUAAUAAACAAUUAUACAAUCUUUUAAAUGUAAAUGCCGAGAAAGCUUAGAUGAAGAAUUUUCACUUAAAUUAGAUGGAAUUAAUGAUAAUUUAAAUUAAAAUGAUAUUUUUUCCUUUGAAUUAAAAGGUAUAGAAGAACAUUUAAAAACAAUAAUUGAGAAAUCUAUUAAUAUUAAAAUUAGUAAAAAUUAAAUUGCCAAUGCAAACGACAAAUUAGAGUUCUAAUUAAAAUUCACUCCUUUGAAACCUUUCUAAACAACUAUCGAAUUUCAUGUAUUGAGAAAAACAGGUGGUAAAUGGAGAUAUUUUAUGAGCUUCGAAGCUACAGAACCAGAAUUCGAUGAUACAAUAAUAAUUUCCUCAUCUUUGAAUAAAACAUAAUCAGUUUCUUUCAAGCUUACAAAUAAAUCUAAGUAGUUUGCCUCCUUUACAGCUAGUUUUACUUCAGAAUCUGACACUGAAUUUACUGUAUUUCCUAAAAGUGGAAAUUUAGAAUCCUAUGGAAGAGAUGGAACUAACUUUAUCGUUUCGUUUACCCCUAUUCAAUAUGGAGGAACUCGUACUGCUAAACUUAUAAUUUAAACGGAAGAAAUGUAUUGGUCAUAUCUUGUAAAAGGAAAAUUACCAAAAUAUGAUCCUCCUUAACCCGAAUAAAGUUUAAUUAAUGAUAAAUUAGAAGCUCAUUUAGAUCUUAGAUCUUAAGGAUAAUCUAAUAAAAAUUAUAUGCAAAAUAAUAUUAAAAAAGCUAAGAAAAAUAAUUAAAGCAAAAAAUCAUUUACUAACUAUGACUCUAAUAAUUCUACUAGAGCUUAAAUUGUUAAUAAUUCCUAAAGUAUUAGUUAUAUUGGAGGUGGAGCUGAAAAACAGGAAAAUGUGAAAAAUAUGAAAAAUAAUGAUUGA